AGCAGUAGUAGAAAGUUCAUCGCAAAGGUACAUAAAUUAUGAAUUGAAAUUUAUACGUCAUCUUUAUUUGUGGUUUGUGUAAAAUAUAUUUCACAAACUCUCUAUAUAUUUGGUACUCGUUAUUCAUACGAUUAACGUAGUAUUUUGUCGGCCAUAUUUUAUUUUCCAGCUGAUCUUAAAAGUUCUCGGGAAGGCUUUGAGACUUAACAAGAUGCUGAGACAAAGGUUGUUGGCUGUUCUGAAGAACCAGGUACCGCUUCUGAAACGCAAUGUCGGCAUCUGCGCGCCGGCACUCCAAAAAGCGACAGAUCCCAUUCAGCAACUUUUCAUCGAUAAAGUGAGAGAGUACAGUAAGAAGAGCAGCGCCGCGGGGGGCAAGCUGGUGGACCCGACCCCAGAGAUCCAGAAGGAGCUGCAGACGGAACUGGACAAGCUGGCGAAGCAGUACGGCGGCGGCGAGGGCGUGGACAUGACUCAGUUCCCGACGUUCAAGUUCCCAGAACCACAACUGGACCCUAUCAACCAGACAUCGUAAAGUGCCAGCUGAAUAGUAAACUCUUAAAGCAAUAUUAUGUGUGUAAAUUAUAAUACUUAAAAAUAUAUAUAUUAAGAAACCAA